AUGGACGACGAUGAUAAUGAGCAAGUCAUUCGCCCAGAGGAUCGGAUUGACAAUGGGGAAGGUGAGCGGCCGCCAGACGAAUACACUCGGCUGCUGCCCAACCGCGUCAACUCCAAUAGGGACUUCCUCGCCCCUGAUGAUCCCGCAGUGUCGCCGUAUAACCUCUUCAGCAUUCGCAUGCUCCGCUACCUGACAUUGCUCUUCACGGCACUGACGUUCUUGUGGUGGGUGAUUCUGCUGGUGUCUGCAUUUGCGACGGCUCCUGGGUUCCACACAAAGGGGAGCGGCUUCUUUGCGUUUGGCUACACGAGCUUGACGCUGGCCAUUAUGUUUUUCACCUUGCUCUUCUUCGGGGUGCCUUCCAAAGCAGUGAGGAUACUCGGAAUUGUAAUUGCCGCUUUUCUCGCGCUCGACAUGAUUCUUCUCCUCUCAGUCCAGAAGACUAGGUACGAGGAGGGCUGGGUCGGAAUUGUUAGCGUCAUAUGGGCGCUACUCAUGAGCAUAUGGGCCGUGGUCGCGGACAGAACUGUGAAAUGGGGCAAGGAAGAGGAGGAAGAGAGAUUGACCGGCCGUCCUGAAACAAGAAGAACACUGUCGGAAUGGCUCGAGGUCCUGCUCUCGACCAUUGGCUACUCUGUCAUGGUGGUGGCCGCAGUCCUGAUAACGCUAAACAUCAUCCUCCGAGCUCUCGAUGCAAGAGUUGCACCACCUGGCAAGCUGUACUGGGUCGACGAUAACAAAUAUCGUAUCCACCUGUAUUGCCAUGGGAACAAGACGGACGACAACGGCAAAGCAGUCACAACCGUCCUCUUCGAGGGAGGCGAGUGGCCCGUCGAGUACGGCCUAUGGGAUUUCGCAGACAAUGCGGUCAAGAACGGGUCCAUUUCUCGCUAUUGCUUCGCAGACCGGCCAGGGCUGGCUUGGUCUGAUACCGCCCCGUCGCCGUCAUCCGCCGGCUUCGUGGUGGACGCCUUGAGCGAGGCCCUGGCCAAAGCAGGAGAGGGAGGGCCCUGGGUUCUCGCUAGCGCGGGCAUCGGCUCCUUGUACUCGCGAGUGUUUUCAGCCCGCCACAGUCACGACGUUCGGGGCCUGCUGUUGAUCGACCCCCUGCACGAAGAUCUGCUGGGCCCCGGCGCAGCGCCAGGCCGAGGCUUCUGGCUGUGGUUGCGAGGCGCCAUCUCGCCGCUUGGGCUGGAUCGGAUUCCGGGCGCGCUGUUUCAAGGACGCUCCAGCCGCGACCGCAUCUACGGCCGAUCCGCUCCGCAGACGGGCAAGUUCAUCUUUGCCAAGCUGCAGGAGAGCUUGGUGCUCAACUCCUUCACCAAGCGCGACGUCGACAGCAGCCGGCAGAUCCAGGAGAGGGACACGCCGCUGGCGGUGAUUAGCUCGGGGCUCAAGAUCAAGAAGGACGACAAUUGGGCGAGCAAGCAGAAGGACUUGACGGGGCUGACCGAUAAGCUUCUGCAUUGGGACAUCGUGGACGAGGCACCCCACGAAGUGUGGCGGACUCUGGAGGGGCGCGACAAGAUUGAAAAGAGGCUGAAAAAGAUGGUCUAA